GUUGGGAAACACUGACCUAGACACAAGCCAUUCAUUAUUCAGUGCCUGUCACUAGACGUCCUACUCCUUUACAUUUACACCUAUAAUAAAUAUAUCGCCACUUGUGUCCAGCUGCACAGCUCUGCCCUGAGGUAACAGGAGACCUCACUGUGUGCUCUCCAGCCAAUGGCGGUAUGGACUGAUAAAACCUUUCAUACUACACAGAUAGAAAUAAGCGAGGCGCCAUCUUUCCGUAGACCAAAAAGGGACAUAGCACUAGCACACUCCGCUCCCUCUAGCCUUCGUAUCCUGAGUCAGAAGCGACGUCACUUUGAAUCUUUCCCGCCCCGAAUGGAACACAACUAGUGACACUAGAGCGGACUGUAAGUGCAAGGAACCGCUGCUGGCACCGCUAAGAUGUCGUCCCGGAGCCUGCAGUAUGUGAAUAGCCGUCUCCCAAUGCUUCAGUUAGAGGACGACGAUCUGGAGAGGAAUCCUCAGUUUAGUAAACUUUUACUAGAAUUAUGCCAGAUUCUGGAGCCAAGUGGGGCUAGUGCCAAGCUAUGCCAGGAGCUGGAGGAGGCACAACGAGAGCUACGACUGCAGAGGAAAGUUUGGUUGAGGUCUGAAGUUAUUCAUCGGCUUAUACAGGAGAUAUUAAUAGACUUGCAGGUGAAGAAGCAGGAGGGCACGAUAUCUGAUGAGGAGAAUAAGUUCCAGGAAGGCCUUCAGCAGUGUCUCUUGGUCUCAGAAUGCUCACGUCUCCUGCCUUCUGAAUCAGAGUCUGCUUCUGUACCUCUUCUUGGAUUGGAGAAGCAAGACCUGCAUGAACUUCUGCCUUCACAUAUGGAUGUUCUUUGGAUAAGAGAGAGAAUGCACAAGCAGCUGGAAGAGGCCCUACGAAAGAAAUGCUUUACUUUUUUGUCUUUUCACCAACCAGAGUCAGAUGAGGAAGGUGAAGUCCUCCGCGCAGCAAAAGCUCUUCGUCUUGCCUCAACACUAGAGGAUGAAAAAAGGAGGUUAAAAAGUGAGCAAGAAAAACAUCAGGAAAUGGGAGCCUUGCUUGAAAAGCAGCAAGAGAUGUAUCCCUCUGUGCUUUUGCGAUGCCUUUCACUUCUCCGACAGGCAGCCUCUGAUCUCCGUCUUCAGGCUCAGUCUGACAUAGACAAGAUGAAUGCCGAAUACUUAGAAGCAAAGAGUAACGCUUUGUUUUUAAAACUAAGGAUGAAAGAGCUUCAAGUUCUCACUGAGACUUACACUCCUGAGAAGGUUGAAGUUCACAAAUAUAUCAGGUCUAAUUUGGAGGCUGCUGUGAAAUCUGAGAAGGCUGAACUAUCGGCAUCUAGACAAAUCCUUGCCUCUUAUGAAUUCCUGGGUACAGAAUUUGAAGAGCUGGUCAAAGAGUAUACCCGACUAAGAGAUAAAAUUAAGGACAAUCGCUGGGCAAUUCAGGAGCUCAGCAAAACCUUACCCUGAGAGAUGAAGAAACAAAUCAGAAGGUUUUCUAGCCAUGUAACGAAGAACUUGUCUUCUCCACUGCGCUGAGCUCAGCAUCACAAGAUUGGGGAUUGUCUUCUAUUUGCUUUAUUUAUUUGUUAUUGCAGAUAUGUUACUCUUCUCUUCUUGAUCAAAACCGUUUCUUUCAUUUCCCUGUUUGUUUGUUUUUGCACAUGGUCUAUAAGUGUAUGUGAGGCUGUGGUUUGGAGCCAUUUCAGCUGUUCCAUUAGGGCCGCUGCACUUUUAAGAUUUCAUUCAAAUAUUCAGGAGCAGUUGUGAUAAAAUGAGGCAGAUGUCGUCAUCUGAAUAUACACAGUAACAAAGCUGCCACACAGAAUAGCUUUCGUUUGUUAAGGAUGGGGUUCUAAUAUUAAUUUGUCUGUGAUAUAUCAUUCCAUAAAGAAGCCACAGCUUCACUUUAGCAUUCUGUACAUACUGUACAUGGUUUUCCUAACUUUAAAUAUGUAACUUAAUGCACUGUAAAUAAAUGACUUAAAUAAAAUAAU